GCUCCUCCUCACGGCACAAGAAAAAAGGAAACGUGAACAUCCGCGAGAAGCUCGAACCGGAGCCCAUCUGUUGGUUUUUUACUUUUUAAUUAGUUAUUUUAACCAAGUGAUGAGUAACGUCUUUAUGCGGCUUUAAUUUAACCACUAAUCAUGGUAGUUGGUUCAGAGUCAAACGGAACCAAUUAGUCAAACAGAACUACGGAGAAGGACUAGCUAGUUAGCUAGUGUUAUUAGCCCUCAGGAUGAACGCUAACCGGACCAGCAAAAGAUAAAUGUCCUCUGGCUGAAUCUUGAGAGGACUGUCUCUCGAAAACGCGACUAGAAAGAGGGUGUCGUGUGAGUGUGAGCGCCUUCAGCUACCUCUGAACCGUGUGGACACUGUUUACAUGAUGAAGAACUGCGAGUACCAGCAGAUAGACCCUCGGGCUCUGUCGGUGCAGACCCACACCGAGAAGAAAGAGCAGCGGCCGCGGAGAAAAUGGGAAGUGUUCCCAGGGAAGAACCGGUUUUACUGCGAUGGACGGAUCAUCAUAGCCAGACAGAGCGGUGUCCUUCCUCUGACACUGGGCCUUAUUGUUGUCACCUGUGGCCUUUUCUUUGCAUUUGAUUGCCCAUUCUUGGUGGAGCAUCUGACCGUCUUCAUACCUGUGAUUGGUGGGGUGCUUUUUGUGUUUGUGGUCAUCUCUCUGCUGAGAACCAGCUUUACAGACCCAGGCAUAUUACCCAGGGCCACCCCAGACGAAGCUGCAGACAUAGAGAAGCAGAUAGAUACCUCAGGAUCCUCCACGUAUCGCCCCCCUCCACGAACCAAGGAGAUCCUUAUCAACCAGCAGGUGGUGAAGCUCAAGUACUGCUUCACUUGUAAGAUGUUCCGUCCUCCUCGGACCUCCCACUGCAGCCUGUGUGACAACUGUGUGGAGCGAUUUGAUCACCACUGCCCAUGGGUGGGGAACUGUGUAGGGAAGCGUAAUUACCGCUUCUUCUACAGCUUCAUCAUCUCUUUGUCCUUUCUGACAUCUUUUAUAUUCGGCUGCGUCAUCACGCACAUCACCUUGCGUACUCAAGCAGGUAACAGCAUUGUUCAGUCCAUCCAGGAGAGCCCUGCUAGUGUGGUUGAGUUGGUGAUCUGUUUCUUCUCCAUCUGGUCUGUACUGGGCCUCUCAGGCUUCCAUACGUACUUAGUGGCCUCCAACCUCACCACAAACGAAGACAUAAAGGGAUCCUGGUCCAGUAAAAGGGCUGCAGAGGACUCUGCGAACCCUUACACUUACAACAACAUCAUAACCAACUGCUGUGUGACGUUAUGUGGACCCAUGCCUCCAAGUCUGAUCGACAGAAGAGGCUUCCUUUCUCCCGACGACGCGAUCGCCGCUGCGUCCGCCUCAGAGAUAGAGCUGCCUCCAUUUGCGGCCAAGAACGACGCAAACAUGUGCACUCAGAGCACAAAGGACGUGCUGGAGAGGAUGGUCCACUCCUCCGACUUUCAUGGCCUUUGCCCCCCUGGGACUCCAAAGACGGCUCCUCUCGUCCCGGAGGUUUCUGGCGACGCGGCGCCGACCGCGGAGCUUUCACCCGCCGCCGGCUGCUCGCCCCAGCUCGCCAGCCCGCCCGUGGUCGCUCCCUGCCCCCCGUUCAGCAGAAGCGGCAAGAGGGACUCUCUGCACUCGAUCAACCCGGCCUUCCGCCUGGCUUCUCCCUCGCCGUCGCUCAGCCGCUCCACCUUGAUCCUGGGCGCCGCGCCCGACAUUGGCUUCGUCCCGCUGCACUGAGCGGGGCCGCCGCUCCGUCCCACUCGGUUUUUUGGCUACAAAGAAACUUUCACAGCGGGCGGUCACGAUGCAUGUUGUGAUUCGCUUUUCUGGAGAUGUCCUUGUGAGGAGUCGAUCAAGUCGUGCCGUCAGUGUCCUGCUCUGUGUGUCCUUCACAAUGGAGGGAAAUCUUAGUAACACUCGGAAGCACAAUAUAGAGAUAUUUUUUUAACUGCUUUUUUUUUUUUUUUUUUUUUUUUUUUAAACACGCCUAGAACAUGCCUCCACACCUUCCGCAGAACCUCAGUGUUUAAGUUCCGGCUAAUAUAUUAUGCAAACAGGUUAAUAAUAACUGGGAAUACUUUGUGACUGUGGAUGCCAUGAGUUCAGAAGAGUUUUGAUUUACUGAACUGGCAUGAUCGGGAUAGUGAGCCAUUUCAGGACAAUAAACUCAAGAGUUAGCCUUAUGUCCUAUCGUUUAGGUCCGCAUCGUCCCAGCGUCAUCGGCUGGAGCCAGUGUGUAGAUAAGAGAUUAAUUCUAGGUUGAACAGGGAGGGGGGAGGUGAAGUUAUUAUUAUUAUUAUUUUAAAUGUCUUCAUGUCACAAUUUCUUGCUGUAUUUUGUGGUGACCUCUGCAUGUCUCGUCCAUCAGAUGCUCAUUGUUUUGUGAAGUGCACCAUUUUAGGAAACCAUGAGGAUGUUAAAAACAAGAUAUAAUUAGGUAAAAAAAAAAAUACAUUUCACACAUACACCUUCCACACGCACAUAUUUUACAAUGUCCACUUUGUUUCUUAACAUUUUGAACCUCAAGACAAAGUAUUUCAGUCAGAACUAGCUGCUCCCUGUGUGGCAUAUUUUACCACACACACCCACUGUUGGCUGUUAAUGUUAUCCAUCAUUUAUUUAUUAUCGGCUGUACAUGGCCCGUCAUGAGUGUGUUCGUGGUCACGGCACCGCCUCGACAUAUGGACUGCUUCAAGCUGAGUGAUGUGUCAGAAACUGACGCCUCUCUCGCCGCUGUGACCUUUUCCUCCUCUUACAGCAUGAAACUCAACUCCCGUCUGCGACGCCAGUUAACGGCAGGAGUUAGAUUGUGCCACUAGGGGGCAGGAUGUGAAUAUCCAUAGCAGUCUGACAACUUAGACAUGUGAAAAGCUCUAGGAGAAAAGGCCUUUCUGAUGUUUUAUUUAUUCUUUUUUUGUAACGGAGAUUUGAAGCUGUACAUAGGUCGUGAGUUUGUGAAGAGACGGUUUGCCACAGUGCGUGGGCCGUUCUUUAAUCAGUCAGGUCUUGUAGACAAUUACAAGCAGUGCUUGUAUGAACAACUUGUAUUUUGUAGCGUGUAACAGUGGAACUGUAACAUUUGGUCAAUAAAUUUGGUCAGUUUUGUUGA